AUGGACAUGAAAAGCGAGGCAGUUGAGGCCAAGCCUGAUAGAAAAGCGGAGAAGGAGAGGCAGAGAGCCGACAAGGCGAAGAAAUUGGCAGACAAGCAACUCAAACAGCAAGCCGCCGCCGCGGCAGCCGCAUCCAAAGGACCGAAGACCACUAGCAAGACAACGCCUCUACCCAAAUAUAUCGAUUCGACCCCUGAAGGUUCAAAGAAAGUCCUCGGGUCACUCGAUUCCCCUUACCACAAAGCGUACAUUCCCGCCGUCGUCGAGUCGGCCUGGGACGCCUGGUGGACGAAUCAGGGCUUCUUCGAGCCGCACUUCACGCAGCAUGGCGACAACAUGCCCGCCGGUGCCUUCGUAAUCACGCUCCCUCCUCCGAACGUCACGGGAGCUCUACACUGUGGCCAUGCUCUGGGCACCGCCCUUCAAGAUCUCCUCAUCCGCUGGCAGAGAAUGAGGGGAUUCACGACUCUGUAUCUCCCUGGAUGUGAUCAUGCGAGUAUAAGCACGCAGACUGUCGUCGAAAAGAUGCUUUGGAAGAAGGAAAAACGAACGCGACACGAUCUAGGCAGGGACAAAUUUGUCCAGAAAGCGCUCGAAUGGAAGAAUGAAUACCACACAAAGAUCAACACUGUGCUUCACCGCCUCGGAGGGUCAUUCGACUGGACGAGAGAGGCGUUCACCAUGGAUCCCAGCAUGAGCGAGGCCGUCAUCGAAGCAUUCGUUCGUCUUUAUGACGAUGGACUGAUCUAUCGAUCUAAUCGACUGGUCAAUUGGUGUGUCCACCUUAACACGACCAUCUCAAACCUAGAGGUUGGGAGUAAAGAUCUGCCUGGUCGGACGCUUCUCGAAGUACCAGGAUACGACCGCAAGGUCGAGUUUGGCGUCAUGACCUACUUCAGAUAUCAGGUUUACCAAUCCGAUAAGACCCUGGAAAUUGGUACAACUCGAUUAGAAACGAUGCUGGGUGACACAGCAGUGGCUGUUUAUCCGGACGACCCGCGAUACAAAGACCUUGUUGGCAAACUCAUCCAGCAUCCUUUCCUUGAUCGUCUGAUACCAAUUAUCGCGGAUCCGUUGGCUGAUCCGGAAUUUGGAUCUGGCGCGGUGAAAAUAACGCCCGCACAUGACGCCAACGACUUUGCUGUUGGUACACGCCACAGACUGCCCUUCAUCAAUAUCUUGAAUGACGAUGGCACUAUGAAUCACAACGCUGGUCGAUUUGAGGGGCUGAAACGAUACGACGUCCGGUAUAUUCUCCAGGAGGAACUCACGAAGCUUGGACUGUUCGUCAAGAAAGAGCCAAACCCCAUGUCCAUACGCCUGUGCAUCAAAUCCAAAGACAUCAUCGAGCCCGUGAUGAAGCCACAGUGGUGGAUGAAGAUGCAAGAGCUGGCAACACCCGCAAUAGAGGCGGUGCGCAGCGGAGCAAUCAGCAUCAGACCAGAGUCAUCCAGAAAGGAAUACUUCAGAUGGCUAGAAAGUAUUAAUGACUGGUGUCUGUCUCGUCAGCUUUGGUGGGGCCAUCAGAUCCCGGCAUACUGCGUACACUUCGCUGGCGAGGCUCAGGAAAUUGGUGAAUCCAGCGAGCGUUGGGUUGUAGCCCGAACAGAGGCUGAGGCUAGGGAGAAGGCGCAGAAUAUGUUCCCCGGUCAAGACAUCUCCCUGACAAGGGAUCCCGACGUUCUUGACACAUGGUUCAGCUCAGGUCUCUGGCCCUUCGCAACGCUUGGGUGGCCAAAAGAGACCCACGACAUGCAGAAACUGUUCCCUAACAGUGUCUUGGAGAGCGGCUGGGACAUCCUUUUUUUCUGGAUUGCACGAAUGAUUAUGCUCAGCUUGAAAUUGACUGGCCAGGUCCCUUUCAAAGAGGUGUAUUGCCACUCACUCAUCCGAGAUGCCCAAGGUCGUAAGAUGUCCAAGUCACUUGGUAAUGUCAUCGACCCGAUUGCUGUCAUGGAGGGUACUUCACUCGAAGCCUUACAGCAAGGUCUUCAGAUGGGAAACCUCGAUGAGAAGGAGCUGGAACUCGCCACCAAGAAUCAGAGUGACAUGUUCCCAAACGGUAUUCCCGAGUGUGGUGCUGAUGCCUUGCGCUUCUCACUGAUCAACUACACGACAGGAGGUGGCGACAUUAACUUCGACGUGAAGAUUAUGGCUGGCUAUCGACGGUUCUGCAACAAGAUCUACCAGGCGACAAAAUAUGUGCUUGGGAAAAUUCCGGACGACUACUCUCCUCCUGCGAAGCUCGCCAGAACGGGCGCCGAGACUCUACCAGAACGUUGGAUCGUCCACAGGCUGAACUCCAGUGCGCUCGCAAUCCAUGGAGCUCUCGAAGAUAGAGAGUUCUCGCGUUCAUCGCAGAUCAUCUAUCAAUAUUGGUAUGAUGAUCUAUGUGAUGUUUUCGUUGAGAACUCUAAGUCUAUCUUCCAUGAUGGAUCAGAAGAGGCCAAACGGAGUACCAUUGACACUCUGUACGCAGCCUUGGAAGGUGGCCUCACGAUGUUACAUCCGUUUAUGCCAUUCCUGAGUGAGGAGCUGUGGCAAAGACUCCCGCGGAGGCGAGGGGAUCCCACACCGUCGAUCGUCAUAGCACGGUACCCAGAGUAUGAAGAGGGUCUGAAAGAUUCUCGGGCAGCAAGCCAAUACGAGCUUCUCAUCUCUUGCUCAAAGGGUAUUCGGUCCUUGAUGGCGGAGUAUGCGAUCAAGCAAGAUGUUACAGCAUAUAUCUCCUGCAACACCGCAGCAGACCUAGAAUUAAUCAAAGCGGAAGCAAGGCAUAUUGAGGCCCUCUCUGGGAAGGGACUACGCUCCUUGAGCGUUCUGGGAGAGAGCGACAACUUACCUGCCGGAUGCGCUGUUUUCCCUGUCUCUUCUGCCAUUACUGUCUACCUCGAUGUUGGAAAACAGGCGGAUGCCUCGGCUCUGAUCGAGAAGACACAAGCCAAGCUGACCAAGCUCACUGACUUGGCUGACAGGCAGCGCAAACUGAUGACGAGUGAAGGGUGGGCGGAAAAGGUGAGCACAGCGGUGAAAAAUGCCGAGGAGGAGAAGCUAUCUCAAGCCGAUGCUCAAAUGAGAAGUUUGGCCGCGAGCAUCGAGCAAUUCCGCCGGCUUGAGUUGUGCUAG